AUGGUGCUAGCUCGCAUCAGAUAGCUUUGGGGCUAACGGAUGCAGACAUGUUAGAGUUUAUGUUAGGCAGAUUAAAGGUGUGCAUUUGGAAAAACUGUAGUACCUCUGACAUUGUUUCGAAAACUCAAAUAACUCGUAAGGUUUUAUACAGCUGCUAGAUGGGUUGAUUUAACCUGAUCGGGUAGCUAAUUAGGUAGUAAGCUAGGUUAGCUGUUUAGUUAGCUAACGCUAGGUAAUUUAGUGAACAAUGGCUUAAUUAAUUGUUUUCUUUUUAAAGGAAAUUGCAAAAUAUCUAUCUAGCAAGGAAGCUACUAUCUGCAACAUUAGCAAAAUAAUAGAAAGGUGAUAUGUUUAUAUAGUUAUGUAGCUAACGCGAGCUUUCUACAUGUGAUGGUUUUGUUGUUGUUUGUUUGUUAUUGUUUGUUUGUUAGAUAGCUAGAUGGAGCUGUUCUUAACAACACCUCAGUAAAUAGGCGUUAGUGGGUAUGUUCGUGAAAAUGACUAUGCCACAACAGUCUGACCAUGACGACACCCGAGCCGCGUAGCCUCUAACCGAGCAGCCGUGCGGGGGCCGGCGGGUCAGGGGAUCUGGCUCAAACCCACAAACACACACACGAAGGUGAAACCGCGAUGGCUACAAUUCAGCCCCGAAGUAAUGGACUGCGGCCCAAGGAGCCCAAGAGCCUUCGGGGCACGGAGGCGGGUCUGGCCGACCCAGAGGGCAAUUGUUUGGGCUCCGACCUUGAGCCCAACGGCUGUGCCAACGCAGACAGACGGACUGAUAAAUACGGAUUCAUCUGGGGGUCGCAACAGUCCUCUACAGACCCUGCUACUGAUGUACCUCCAGAGGUGUUGAGACACAGGGAGGCCAAAUGGCUGGAGAUGCUGAAUGACUGGGACAAGUGGAUGAGCAAGAGACAUAAAAAGCUGAAACUGCGAUGUCAGAAGGGAAUCCCCCCAUCCCUCAGAGGCCGCGCAUGGCUGUACCUGUCUGGAGGGAAGGUGAAGAGAGAGCAGAACCAAACCAGGUUCCAGGAGUUGGACAGCCAGUCUGGAGAUCCCAAGUGGUUGGAUGUGAUUGAGAAGGACCUCCACAGACAGUUCCCUUUCCAUGAGAUGUUUAUGGCUCGAGGUGGCCAUGGGCAGCAGGACCUGUUGCGGGUGCUGAAGGCCUACACCCUGUACCGGCCGGAGGAGGGCUACUGCCAGGCCCAGGCUCCCAUAGCAGCCGUGCUCCUAAUGCACAUGCCUGCUGAGGAUGCAUUUUGGACUCUUGUGCAGAUCUGUGAGAAGUACCUACCGGGGUACUACAGUGCAGGCCUGGAAGCUAUCCAGCUGGACGGGGAGAUCCUCUUUGCUCUGUUGAAACGAGUGUCUCCUGUGGCUCAUCGGCACCUGAAGAAACACAAGUUGGACGCAGUCCUCUACAUGACAGAGUGGUUCAUGUGCGCCUUCUCACGCACGCUACCAUGGGCCUCAGUGCUGCGCGUGUGGGACAUGUUCUUUAGUGAGGGAGUAAAAAUCAUUUUCCGUGUGGGGUUGGUCCUGCUGAAAUGCAUGCUGGGAUCCCAGGAAAAGCUGAAGGCAUGUCAGGGGCAAUAUGAGACUAUGGAGCUACUUCGGGCAAUAGAACCACGCUACAUGCAGGAAGCCUUCCUCAUUAGAGAGGUUAUGGAGUUGGCCGUGUCGGAGAGGGACAUCGAGAAGGAACACCUCUCCCAGCUGCACCACUGGAAGGAGACACGUGGUGAGCUGCACUGCAAAUCCCCUCCCAGAAUGCACGGCGCACAAGCCAUCAUGGCUGCCGAGCCCCACAGCCACCAAGACCUGCAGCAGAAGCCGACCAUCGUGGUGGAAGAGCGGACCGCCUCGAGCAGCCCCGCCCAAGGAGGGGAAGGGGGCGGGAGCAGAAACAGCAACAGAGCCCACAAAGAGAAAAAAAGCAGGAAAAGCUCCGCCUCCCCUACUGAGAAGGCCAAUGCAAACCCGUCGCUGGAUAAUCACUCCUAUAUCAACCAACCAGAACUGCUGCUGAGGGACACGCCCCUUCAGGGGUCGAAUCAGACUCUGAGUAGUACAGAACAUGACACAUACCUGUAGGCAGGGAGGGCAGGAGUAAAGCGUGAGUGACGGAGAGGAGCAGAUCCAGCCACCAAUGGGACGUGUCCUUUGGGACCGCAGGAGCACCUCAGGAACGUCAAUGUUUACUGAGUGUGUGUGAAGAAGCUCUCGUUCACCACAGCGAAUGGCCAGAAUGGCUCCAGUGUCCUACUCUCAGGUCACCUCAUCCACCUCGACUGGACUACAGUUCCCAGAAUGCAGUGGGAGCAAUCAUAUGGGAAGGGGUGGGGGUUUUUUUGUUUUGUUUUUUGUUUGUAUCCCUCUCCUGUCCAUGUGUUUAAUGAAGAAAUGUACAAUCUGUUUUUUAUAUGAGCCAAAUUCGUUAGUGGUUACGUCUAUGCAGAAUAAGCACGCACACACACUCACACUCCUGGUCUUACGUUCACCCAGAGGUGUGUAAGUUCAGAAUGCAAAAAUAAAAGCCCUGCCUUUUUUUUUUUUUUUUUGGUUUCACUAAUUCGACCUGCUAGCUUGAUCUAAGGAAUAAAUCCAGACAAGCGGAGCAGAAUUCUGCAGAGACCUUUUACUUUAGAAAAUGUCCAGGUUUAGGUAGCUCAGCUCGAAGUCUCUGAAACAUUACUGUGUGAUGGUGAGAUCACAAAGCAAAUGUUUUCCUGAAUCAGAUGCAUUUCUGCACCGCUCUGACAGAGAGGUGCCAACCCUGGCCUGCCCACAGGACUCCAAGCUGCUCAAAAUGUGUGCACUGCUGGCUGUGUAAGCCUGUGCCCUGCUGUGUGUGCAGGCGGUUUGUAGUCACUAGGGGGCACUGGACGGGAGAAAGGCUUCUAACAACAGUGUGUUGCACUAUCCAUAACCCACAGGGGGCAGUGUUUCACAAGUAUUACACCAAAGAUUGCUGCGGUUUCUUGCCACUCUUACGUUUACACGUCACUGCUUAAAUGAAACUGCGUAGUUAAGUACAACCACUAUAGCAGGUAUUGGAGAUUAAUGAUUACAGUCGCAGUGAGGAGCAGAAUAGCAGUAAUGGUCAGACAUAGAAGUGUAAGGGUGGCCAAGUGUGUACUGCUCCCCACUGGACAGCAGCUUGGCUUGGGGAGGUUUUUAACACCAACCAGAUUUCAAGGAAAUGUUCAACUUUCUUUAAUUAUUAUUUAAUAGCAUUUGUUUUCCACAAGACUUUGUCCUUACGUGCAAGUUAGUCUGGACGUGUAUGCCAUGGCUUAAUAAUAAUGACUAAACACUAACGGAUGUGGAAGUAAAUUCCAGCAGUGAAUCUGGGACCCUGAUUAUGGGAAUAUUCCUGCCUCUUGACUGAAAUGUGUAUGUCCCUCUGUGUUGACAGUCUGGUCUGCUGUGUUAGUAAUGAUUGCUCAGAUACACACCAGCUAAUCCACAGUUGUGCUGAUCUCAAGCAACAAUUUCCCUGUGUCUUUUUCUUUCUUUGUUUAUUACUGUGUUUCUGUUUGGGACAGGAAGUGCUCGUUGAACUGUGGUGUGUGUGAUGUGCAGCACAGAUCCGUUCAGUGUGUCAGGAGUGUUUAUUAGAGCUACACUGUUGUCACCCACAUGUAGUUGCUUUAAUAAUUAUGCUUUAUUAUAAUUAUUUAAUUAAAUAAUUAUAAUUAAUAAUUACACAUUUGCUUUAAUAAUUAUGCUCUUAAUUUACUGAUUUGUUGCACGCAAUGCUAAAUUAUCCUUUUUUGCUAGAGAUAAAAUAUUUUUGUUUUACUUAUUGUGAACAGUAUGGAUGACAACACAUUGACACUAUAGAUUUGUGUGUUGAAAAAGCACUGUUUCCUCCCGUAGGAAUGGAGGCAUACAUAGUGCUUUUGAGUUGAUGUUUGAGACCUCUUAUCUUGGUAGGCAAGUCUGUCUAUUUUCUCUUGAGAAAGGUUGAGAUGAGACGUACAUGGGAUGCAGCUGAAGGCUGUCAGAAGCUCAGGGCUGAGCAUAAGUGCUGUCCUGCACAGCUAAGACGUCUCCCCAUAGCCAGGACAAGCACUCGGUCCCUGGUCAGAAAUCCUCCAGGUCGGAGACACUCAGAGACGGUCACUCCUCAGAUCGCCUUCCUCAGUCACUGGAAGCUACGCAGGGUUCAGAGCGUGGUGUUAUUUGGGAGAGAUUUUGGAGUUAAUCUUAGUGGCUCCAAUACUUUCAUAAUGUGAAGCGUUUGGCUGUGAGGGUUUGAGCCAAACUGUUGGCGUCAGUGGCGUGGGGAGUUCAGGUGGUUCAGAGCAGUGGUGUUUUGGUCGUUUCGUUUUUACGUUUUUCCUUCAGUAUUUACACAUCAUUCUAGCCACAAAAUAACAUUUUCAUGUAUGAAACAAUGUUUCUGAAAAGAGAAAAAAAACCAACCUUUUUUCCGGGAUUAAAUUUGAUACUGUUGGA